CACCCCUAGUCGCGUCAUUGUUUUAGACGGAUACAAACAAUAGAAUUGGUUCUGUGACUCUCCCCAAACUCAAACAUGUUGCACGACAAAAGAAACAGAAUGAUAAACCAGUUCAUUCUGAUCUGCCUUUUGGUGGUACCGCGGAGUCAGACGUUGCUGUCAGACACAGCUGACGUUUCCGGUGAAUCAGAAGAAUCCGUAGAAAGCACCGAAGAGACCAUCUUAUCAGCUAGGAGCCCUGCCAGUGGUGUGAUGCAACAACUAGCCCCGCCCACAACCUAUAAUAAAACAAAGUUCAACAACGUAAAAAACCAGAACAGCAACAAGAUCGUGAAACCCAUCAUCCACCAACUACAAACGCCCGCUGUUCGUCCUUAUUUCUAUCCAGCCGUUGUUCCGCCUUACUUUUUGCGAGCCAGCCCGUACCAAGCAGCGUAUUACCAUCCUGUUUUGAUGCCCAUCAUCAGCCCUCUUUAUCCGGCCAGUUCUACCAAAGUUCGGGAUGAAAUCCUGACGGGAAGGCGGCCAUUUCCCGUGGACGAUGAAAUCAGCCAAGAAGAAGCACUUAAAGAACUCGAAGCCAUUAAACAAGAAAUGGCGGAAGAUGCUGCUGCUGAACGACACCUCAGUCGGCUGGUGCUCCCCAGCAUCUCGGUUAAUGGCGACGAAGCUUCUGUUACUGUAUCGCUUAAGAGUUUUGCAUCGCUCUUGCGCUCUCUAAGCUCGCGCGUUACUGUUACGUUAGCUACUAGGACGAUUCUUGUGCCCAAUGUUUCUGUUAACAAUUAAUUUUUUUUUACUGUUAACAGAGGUGCUAUUGUACGAUGACCUAUCGCAGUUCUUAUUGAUUUCGUUUUACCGUUUGUAACAUUCAUUUGUUGUAUCUUUCGAAAUAAACCUUGAUUCAUUUGAAA